UGGUCAUAAGUUGGAAGUUGAAUCUACCAAUGCUAAGAAUAUCAAAACUUUAGAGAUCGGAGCCUUCAUCUUCCUUUGAUCCGGUAAAUGCCCAAACCACACGAAAUAAUCCCAUUCUACGCUGCUCUCCUCGAAGCCUGCUCCUCCACCAAGAACCUCCACACUCUCAAGCAAAUUCACGCUCUUACCAUAACACUUCAUAUCUCUCACCACCAUUUCAUUCGAACCAAGCUCGCUUCAACCUACGCCGCCUGCGCCCAACUCCCACAAGCCAACACCAUCUUCUCCUUCGCCACUCGCCGCCCCACCUACCUCUUCAAUGCUCUCAUCAGAGCCCACUCUUCUCUCCGUCUCUUCUCCCAAUCCCUCUCCAUUUUCCGCCACAUGCUCCUUUCUGGAAAAUCCACUGAUCGCCAUACUUUCCCGCUGGUGCUCAAGUCAUGUACCGGCCUCUCCUCCUUGCGCCUUGGCCGCCAGGUUCAUGGGGCUCUUCUGAUUAAUGGCUUCUCUGCAGAUUUGCCUAGUUUGAAUGCUUUGAUUACCAUGUAUAGCAAAUGCGGGGAUUUGGGUGUUGCUCGGAAGGUGUUUGAUGGAAUGCCCGAAAGGAAUGGGGUGUCGUGGUCGGCUUUGAUGGCGGGUUAUGGGGUUCAUGGGAUGUUUGGGGAGGUGUUUAGGUUGUUCGAGAGGAUGGUGAAAGAAGGGCAAAGGCCGGAUGAGCUCACUUUUACAUCUCUUCUUACGGCUUGUAGCCAUGGAGGGUUGAUUGAGAAAGGGAAGGAGUAUUUUCGUACGAUGAGAAUGGAGUUUCAUUUGAGGCCUGGGUUGCAACAUUAUACUUGCAUGGUGGAUUUGCUUGGGAGAUUGGGGCAAGUGGAAGAAGCAGAGAAGUUGAUAAUGGAGAUGGAGAUGGAGCCUGAUGAGGCUUUGUGGGGUGCCAUGUUGAGUGCUUGUCGGAUUCAUGGGAGGGUUGAUGUGGCAGAUAGGGUGCAAAAACGGUUUAUCAAACAACAAUGAUCUUAUAUUUUGUAAGUUAUGUUUGAUGGUUGGUUUCAUAAGUUCUUCAUUGAUUCAACUUUUUUACAACAAAUUGGUUUUCGACAUCGAUUUGUCCAAAGAAACCGCAUGAAUUUGACUCGCUUAACUUUAUGCAUGUAAUCAAAUGGUGUUAGUAAUACCUCUCAUGAAUGGAGAUUGAAAGAAAUAGCUGAUGGA